GCCGUUCCGGUUCCGGUACCGAUUCGGCCCGCGGCGCCGGGAAUGGACCCGGCUGAAGCCGAGUUCCUGGCCGAGAAGGAGCUGGUCACCAUAGUGCCCAACUUCAGCCUGGACCGCAUCUACCUCAUCGGGGGAGAUCUGGGUCCCUUUAACCCGGGGCUGCCCGUGAAGGUGCCGCUCUGGCUGGCCAUUAACCUGAAGCAGAGGCAGAAGUGUCGCCUGAUCCCUCCUGAAUGGAUGGACGUGGAAAAGCUGGAGGCCAUCCGGGAUCAGGAACGCAAGGAGGACACCUUCACCCCGAUGCCCAGUCCCUACUACAUGGAGCUCACCAAGCUGCUCUUAAACUACGCCUCAGACAACAUCCCGAGAGCAGAUGAAAUCCGAACACUGGUGAAGGAUACCUGGGACACGCGCAUUGCAAAGCUGCGGCUGUCUGCGGACAGCUUUGUCAGGCAGCAGGAAGCCCAUGCCAAGCUGGACAACCUGACCUUGAUGGAGAUCAACACAACUGGGACGUUCCUCACUCAAGCCUUAGAUCACAUGUACAAGUUGCGGACAAACCUCCAGCCUGGCGAGAGCACCCAGUCUCAGGAUUUCUAGCCUGGGACGGGACAGUGACGGCUGCUACUUGGACUGUAUGCAUGAGUCCUGCUGCACCUUCCUUAAGGCCACUGAUCUCCUUCAGCGCCCCUGGCAGACUGCCACAACCUUCUGGAAACCCACAGCUUUGGGGCAGCUGUAAGUGGCCUAGUUGCUGCACAAAGGCCGGAGUUCCCUGGUGCCUGCGUACUAAUUAGUCCAAGGCUGCUGUUAACCCAGGGCACUCCCUGCUCAGCAGCUUUCCAGCCCACCCCUGCUUUUGGAACAGCCUUGCAAAGCAAAAGUGCUUGCCUGGCAGACCCCCUCCCCCGGCUCCUGUGCAAGAUGAAUCGGCUGCAGAACUCGGGUGCGGCCGGGAGGGGUUGUUUUCUCCCACUCCCUCAUGCUUUGCUGCUUGGGCUGUCUGCUUCAGCUACAUGGAGCAGCAGUAAAUCUGCUCCUUUCUUUCCCUGGGGAUGUGGGAGUGCCUGAGGGCCCUGCCUGCUGCUGGCUGAAAAUGAAGAUGGAGAGGGGCUGGUUUAAACACCUGGUUGGGUGCCAGCUGUCCCCACCUAGCAGUGAACAACAGGCUUAACCCACUCCUGGCUAUUGCUUGCUGGCUCUGGGGACAGGCAAUGGAGAGGUCUGCAGGGCUGGCUUGCCAGGCUCACGUCAUGGAUGUGAGGGAGAAAUACAAGGCAGCAAUGCAUGUUGGCAGGGGAGGAGCCCUGACAGGCGGUGGGGGUGCUGUUCCUGCUGGGGACUUUGCAGCAAAUGCUUCUUGCUCCCUCGUUUUCAGUGUCUGGUUGGGAAAGCCAGGUCAUCUUGGUAUCAAGGGGGCAGCAUGGGGAUGGAGCAGGCGGUUCUUGCCAUGCCGCUACCUGCUGGCCAUUCAGCAGGCUGACUAGUAACUGGGUCCAAACCCCUUUGGGAGGUGGGGGAAGCCAUGGGAUUUUGAAAGAUAGUGCAUUGGGGUUUUUUUAGCUGAAGACACAUACUUGUAUAGCAAAUAAAUGGCAAAGAUGUUUCAA